AUGCUUGUAUCUCUUACAGAACUUAUUUUCUUUUAUAACAAUUUCUCGGGUUCAAUCUCUGCUUCCCUAGGAAACUUGACCAGCUUAUCUACUCUCUACCUUGAUCAAAAUAUGUUUUCUGGUUCAAUUCCUGCUUCAAUUGGAAAUAGGACGAAGCUUGUGGGGUUAAGUCUUCUAUAUAAUCAUUUAUCAGGGCUAAUUCCUUCGUUCAGCAAUCUUACUCGUUUGGAAUCAUUCCAAAUAUCGGACAACCAUCUCGGUGGUCCAUUACAUGAGAAUGUAUGCCUCGGUGGACAACUCAUAUAUCUUGGGGCUAUCAACAACAAUUUGACAGAUUUAAGUCAGAAUUUACAUAUUGGGGAGAUACCACAACAGCUUGCAAAAUUACUUUCCUUGGAAAUAUUGGACCUUUCUCACAAUAUGCUCAAUGGUUCCAUCCCAAAUUCUUUUAAUGAUUUGCAAAGCUUGACUGUUGUGAAUAUCUCUUACAAUCAAUUAGUAGGUCCUAUUCCCAACAUUAGGGCAUUUCAUGAGGCUUCAUUUGAUGCCUUAAGAAACAAUAAGGGCCUAUGUGGUAAUGCCACUGGACUAAUGCAUUGUGACGUCGCUGCUGCUAGCAACAGCGUUGGUCAUAGAAAAAGCACCAAGGUCAUCAUUUUCAUUGUGCUUUCACUCUUUGGUCUUCUUCUUUUACCCUUUAUCAUGGCUGGAAGAGGCUAUGGAGCUAUUUACAAAACAGUGCUACUCAUUGGUGAGGUGGUUGCAGUGAAGAAACUUCUCCAAUCUGAAAACAACAUGAUUUCUAACAACUUGAAAGCCUUUGAAAGCGAGAUUCAUGGUUUAUCAGAAAUAAGGCAUCGUAACAUUGUGAAGCUGUAUGGCUUUUGUUCACAUCCAAAGAACUCAUUUUUGGUUUAUGAGUUUGUAGAAAGGGGAAGUUUGAAAAUGGUGUUAAGGAAUAAGGACGAGGCAAUGGAGUUGGAUUGGGAGAAGAGGUUAAAUGUUGUAAAAGGAGUGGCCUAUGCCUUGUCUUAUAUGCAUCAUGACCACUCACUACCUAUUAUUCAUCGAGACAUUUCCAGCAAUAAUGUUCUUCUGGAUUUGGAUUAUGAGGCUCAUGUCUUAGAUUUUGAAACAGCCAGGCUUUUAAAGCCCUAUACUUCCACUUGGACCUCACUUGCUGGCACUUUCAGACUGAAUUUGGGGUUUCGAGUAAGGUUGAAUCUUAAAGUCGUAUACAAGAGCCUGAGGGCUGAAAACAAGCUGGAAUCCAAGAGGGGGAACUGGCCUUAUGGGAUUUUGCUGCUUGUUGGGGAAGUAGGCUGUGUUAGAGGCUUGGGCGGUUGCCAAAUGGGAAUUGGGGUUACUCUCUGGGAAGUGUUGAGAAUCAUGGGUGUGGAGUUGAGGGAGUGUCAAUGGUUAGGGUCACAAGGUCCAAUGUUCAACACCUUAUCAGAGCUGGUGGCUAAUGGUUUAAGGGUGCAGGGUACUGAAGGUAGGGUGCAGGGUGCAACGCAGUGGCUGCUAGUAGUGCCAGCUUCGCUCAGCUCAGCGGCUGAAACGGCUCAGCUUGAGGCACAAAGACUGCUCAGAGGUGCGGCUUGGCAGCUCGAUUUGUGGCUUAGCUCUGAUGGAGCCCAGGCAAGGAUGCGGAUUAGAACACUCAACAGAGUUUCUGAUAAAUUAGGACUUCCUUUUCAAUCAGAUUUGCACAUUAUCAAAAAUUCUAAGAACUAUUCUGUAGAGAUUGAAACCAAUUGCAAUUCUGCCAAUGCUUAUGCACGGUAG